CUAAGCAAUGGUUGCUAAUUGAAUAUUUCCGCGCCUGGAAGAUACCGCUGUCUAAACGGACCGUGAGAGCGGAGCUAGGAGAUUUGGAGGCGGACAAGAAACAAUACGCUACCUUUUCCCUCUGGAUCAUUUUCUUACAACAAGGAAGCACCUAAUGUUGCGUUCAGUGACAUUUUUGCACUCCAGUUAUUUAUCAUUACACUGGGAUUCAAAGACACCUCCGGGAUUGUUUGCGUAAGGACGCUGGCGGGUCUAUCAUCAACUUCUCUCGGGGCUUUAAAACUGUGGAAACAGGUGUAUUUCAGCAAGUCAAGAUGUCUGUUGUGCCUUCGAGGUUCAUAUACCUGUAAGGAUUCCAUCUUUCUAUUCCUUUCGUUUCUCAAAACACGUACAUUCUUACCAAUAGAAGUCGCUAAAAGCUACAUAGUUGCUACGGUUGACAUUCAGGUAUGGCUAUAGCCGUUUAUAUUUUAUGUAAUUGCUUGUGAUUUACCCCCUCCUCCUUUUUCUCUCUCCAGGUGUUUACAUUUUCUGGUCCUCUAUUUCCAGCUCCAGGUAGGUUGAUUUGAUUGUUCUGAUUUUGAACACUGUGUGUGUGUGUGAUUUUGCAGCACCCAUUCUGGAUUUAUUAUGAACACGUACUCAUACAAUUGGAUACUGUAACUAUACACUAUUUUAGCUUCUGGGCACUUGGCAACCUUUAACAUACGGUGGUUAGACGCGCUGGUUAUUUUUCUCAGAUUUCAGUUACUUUAAUUAGAUAAGAUUAACACAAUUCCCUAAUUAAAGAUCGAUGUUUAUUGUUCAUUAAAUAAAAAUACAAGCAAAGUAACUCUACCCUCGUUAAAAUAUAGUAAAUUUUAUGGUAAGGAAAUAGGUUUGGAAUGUAGAGGAAACUAUCCUAUUGCAUCUCACUAAUGAACGAGGCGUCCUCGAGUGCACCAGAUAAGCCCACAGCUCACAAUUGAGCCAGGCAACCAUAAUUGAGACAGAGAAAAAGAUGAGAUGAAAAUACAUUUGAAGGACAUUUAGAUUUUGAUCAAUUUCAGCCUCGUGGAUCUAUUUUGUAAUAAUAGUAUAAACUGCACUAACCGCGCAUCUUUUACGCAUGCGAUUUAUUUGUUAACUUGGUUGUCUAUAGCAAACGUCAGUAAAAAUCCACAUUCUUCAUUAUUAUGAAGUGUAACAUGCUGCAUGGAGAUAGAAUCAAUUGCUUAACUGUUGUCUAGUAUAAAAAAAUAAUGUAUUUGCGUUUUGAGCAUGAAUGUAUUGGUUAUUUUUAGUUAAGUGUAUUUGUCAUUAUGUAUUUGGUGUAAAUGAAAUCAGAAACAAAGUGUAGUUUGGAAACCAGCAUGUUAUAUUGUUAGAUACAGUGAGAGGCAGCAGUUAGCCCAAGUCCUGCAAUGCUUCCAUGCCUCUUUUAUUGGGGUUUGUUUUGUAGUCUAGUCAGCAUCAUAUACCAGGGUUGAUGCCAAUCAAAUCUCUCAGGGAUUACAGAGAAUUACUCGAAUUUUCCCCUGUCUCCAAUUUAAUGCUUAUUAAAAGUAAUUAAAACAAGAUUGCUGGCUAUUUAUACAGGGAUAAGUAAUUACAUACAAUGUGCCCAAUCCCUUCCCCCUGAUUGAGGUGAUAAGAUAUCACCUAGUUUAAAAUCUUAACAUUUCCAGAGUUGCUUCAACAAGUAAUCCUUUGCAUUGAAAAUGAGGAUUAAGAUUGUCAACAAACAACUCAUGCCAAACAAAUUAUUAAUGGAGAGGCCCAAUCCAUCCAAUGAUGCUGCAAUAGAUGAAGACAUAGAGUACAAUCCCUCAUUCUACCUUUUGGACAUCACGUCUCUGUCAGAGAUGUUCUAAACAAAUAGGUCAAGGGGUCAUGAUUAUAAAACCUGGCAUUACCAUUUCAUAAUAAAGGGGACAUCUUACAAAGACACCCCUCAGCAAGGAAAAAAGCUGGGGGUUUAAAAAAAAAAAAGGAGACAACUGGGUUACGUAAGGGUAUGUGUUCUUGUUCCAAAGGAAUUGGCAAAAACAACGCUAUAGUGUCAACUGUCUGAUAUCUCCCCCAACCUAGACAGUAAUUACAAUACUAUAGUUUUAAUUGCUACCCAUAUCUGUGGUGAGAUAUACCAAUAUGCUUCUUGCUUUGCAUGACUAAUUGCUUCUGCAAAGAAGAGGUUGGUCAGAAGGAAGUCUCAUAGAGGCUUUCUUGAAGAAAAUACACUUUAGAUAGACCAAUACAAUUGUGUAGCACAACCUUGAUGGCAUGUAGACUGUUUUGUAGACCUGUGUGUGUGUUAAGCAGAUGGUACGGUUUAUUUGAGAUGCAGGGGGCUAAGCUUCCCAGCAAAGAUGUUGCCAGACUUUUAAAGUUUCAACCAUACCCAUUUUCGUCCCCUGUCUUUGAAGAGGGAGACGGCUCGCUAAAAUGUUUUGUCGAUUGCGUUUACCUCGGCCCUCUGCAGACGCUUGCCUUUGUUUCCUCCCAUGUGAAAUGCAACUGUCUACAAAACACACCUUUAUGUUUGUUUAGAGAUGGAGAGAUUUGGUACAAAUCCCAAAGCAGUAGUUAUCCGAAAAGUAUUUUUUAGUGAAUGCUGGCUUGGUGGUGAACUUUGGGGGGUAGUGUAAUGGACAGACAAUGUCAUUCUAGGGUUGUGGAAGCUCUAUUAAGAUGCUCUAUUGGAUUUGGAUGCUCUAUGAUCGUUUUGAAUGGUCUUUUAGAGUUGUGGACGCUUUACUAGAGUUGUAGAUGCUCUAUUGGAUGCUCUAUUUUUUAGGAACGAAAGUAAGAGGUGUGUUAUAAUAACUUUCUUAAUGUUCCUCCGCCUAAGCAUUGACUAAAUUCAAGGGAAGUUUGAUAAAGAGAUUUCAAUAAGAUUUUAUUUAUUGAUUAAGAUGCAUCUUUGUUUUAGGCAAACAACUUUAUUUUAGUGUUAUACCAUGGCAUUGUUUAAUAUUUGUUUCUGAUUGCUUGAAGGGCAUUCUAGAGCGUGCAUUAUUUCCCUAUAACUCACUGUAUAUUUGCACGGUAGAAUUGAAUGGCUAUAGUUCAUUGUUACAUGUUCUAUGUUUGAGCUGCUUUUGAAAGCAAAAGUCGAAUUGAAAACAUUAUUGGCAUUGUUGAAUUCGAUUUUCAUAAUAGCAAGCUAGGACUGAUGGUUUGGUUAGCUAAACCAGCAAGUCUGUUUGUUUGGUUACCACGUCAACUACUGUUGCUAUCUAGUAAACUUGCUAGCUACUUCAGUGGAUGUUGAGCACAUUUCUACCGGCAAAUGAACACAUUUCUAGCGGCAAAUGUGUUAAAUUAUAGCCAUGGUAUAAAAGGGAUAAUCAGCUUGGGGCUCUAUGCGUUCUCUGGAAAGGAAUGCAACUCAGUGGAAGGUCAGUUCCACUCCACUAGCGUGUCGUGGAACACAACUUCCACGUCAUUCAUUCAUUUUCAUAGAAAGCAUAGCCCCUUGUUGAUUAUAUGUUUUAAUUCAUAUACUUGCUAUUGUUUUUAGACCAUCCAAAAGUGACUGCUUCUUAGUUCCUUUAAUAUUUGCUGACACCUUGUCAGCCAUGAUGUAGCUUCAAACUACUGGGAUUUGUAUUCAGACCAGUGGUUUGUUUUCCCCCCUGUGUUAAAGAUUUGUUCUACCAUGAGCAUAUUUUCCCCUCUCAUUCACUAAAUGUCAUUAAUUUGCUGAGGUUAAAACAACAAGGAGUUAGAGUAUGUAAUGUGUAUAUAAUUAGCCACCUGAGAGAAGCCACAUAAAAGGCUGUUACUAUGUAAUUACCACACGAUACAGCUGGGGAACGGGAUCUUGGCGCAAAUCGAGAUUCCAGGGGUUUCGAAAGUAUACGUUAUCCUUCCCAUCCACAUAUGGGGUUGGGUGACAGGGCACACAGGCUGCGUUCAUUUUCAUGUGUUGUCAAAGUCCGUUUUUUUAGGCCCUGACUUGUAAGUGCGGAAACAGACCUUUGCAUUCAGGCUAACAGUGUGAAAUAUUUGAAUGGGUGAAUUUAUGUUACAAGAUGCUCCCUCCGAGUAUGUUUUUGUGGUACAAGCUGCCUCUCGCCAUCACAUCCACAUCUCCACUGUGAUUUAUGGGCCUUACUGGGCCCUAGGGCAGAUAUUUGUUUGAUGAUAGUGUAACAGUUCUGAAUGCUUCAGGUGUAUAAUUGCUAGUGGCUUGCUUGUGGAAAUGGAAUACUGUUCUCAAUAUAUCCCCGGGCGCAUAGUAUACAGCUACCUUAAUACAAAGACAUGCAAUGAUAAUGAAGCAUGUACCAUGUUGUGAUUUUGUUCUCGGUGAACUUCUACAGUAUGUGCCCUUCGAAUUUGUACAAUGCCUCACAGUUUCAUUACCUUGUAAACAUGUCGUGAAGAAGAUACGUGUCAGUUUUAAUGUGCAAACUGAACUUAAAAUGUCAGCUUACAACAUCCAAGGUGUUACCUCAGUUGCUGGCCAUUAAGCAGAGCUUCAUGACAGAGGCCCUAGUAAAAGCUGGUCUAUGACCACCUGUGUCAUGUCUUUCUCCUCCAGGAAUCUCAACAGAGCUCAGCCGAUUUCAGGAUCUAUAUCGAGAACCACACGCGGAACCCGGACGACCUGAGCCGGAAGCAGAUCCGUAUCUACCAGCUGUACAGCCACACCACGGGCAAGCACGUCCAGAUCCUGGGCAAGAAGGUCAACGCCAACGGAGACGAUGGGGGCAAGUACGGUACGGGAGAAUUCCUGUGCACUUCACUUACAGACGCUUCAGCCAGUUCCCCUCAUCAAUGGUCUUUAUUGUGGGAAUUAUCUCAUGUGAACCAGGAUUCGUUCGACCUAUUUUGGACCGCUACUGGUCAGAGUUGGGUUUACAUUUUUAAUGAGUGAACUUUGACCCUAACUCAGCUACUAACUGAUUGCUUGGUUAAGCCAUUAAGAUGAUGAAUAGUGUGGGAAUUUGAGGCUAUGAGCGUGUCCGGCCACUGAUAAAGCACGUCCGGCCACAGAUAAAGCACAUCUAGAGAUACUGUAUAUAUUAAAUCUCAGCUGUGUUCCUUACACUGUUCUGGUCAGUGAUCAUAUUGAGGUGGAAAUACAGCUAUCUGAUUGUUGUCAUGGAAAGUAAUUCUGUGUGAUGCCUGGCAUAGUUCUUUUCAACUCUACGAAGAGUUUAUCAGUUGCUAUAUUCACUACUUGUCACUGUGGACAUGGCCCAUUUUCUAUUAAAAGUUGGGCUGUGGUCUAGACGCGUUUGUAUGGGAGUGCUUGCCUGUUUGCGCUCACAUGUAUGAGUCGCCAACAAGCACCGUCGGUCGACUGUGUUCAGUCACAGAUGCACUGAGGCGAGGUUUCCUCUCGUUGCUUGUUAGAGCUUGAGUGGAAGCAGAUUCAAUGUUUCCCAUGAGGAAUUGCCAACCCUGCCCCCUCCCCUCAGCCCCAGUACCUGGCACCUGUGAACUCCCUGACACUGAUUUAACAGGAGGCUCGGGAAGACACUCUUCUCUACUCUCUGCACUAAUCCUCACUCAGUCAUAACAGCAACCUCACAAUGGAGGGUCAGAAAGCACGGCUGAGAAAUGGAGCCUCUGCUACUACAAGGUCAGCUACCCCACAUAUGCACGCGGAUAAGAGGGUUAUAAUUCUCCCCAGGCAGCAGUGCUUGCCUUCAAGAAAAGUGGGCUAUAGAAUGUGUCACACGCAAUCCCACAUAAUUGAUGUCACCAUUUGUCCGAUAGCAUCUUAUAUAUCUAAAUGCAUAGUCACAUUUGUAAAAAUCCAUGUGAAACAGGCAAAAGUAGUUUUUUUAAAAGGCAGUUGUUGCACCUGUAGUUUCCAGUUGCAAUUGAAGUCUCCAGUGGUACUUGCACAAGUCCACCCUCGGCACAUUCGUUUGCGAUUCAGCACUGAGAAUGCUGUGGGGUUUCUAAAGCUUGGCCGCAGUGAGCGACACUACACUUAAACCCUCUUCAAUCUGGGAUAUCACGGUACAGCUUGCUUUUUUCCAUUGUAGUAUGGAAGAGGGGAAGCUAAGUGGAGACUUGUGGCCAUCUCUGUCCCAGCUCCUCCAACUCCUCUCAGGAGCUCCAUUCUGUUUCUCAAACCAGACCUCCUGUUCUUUCAGAGAAGUCUCACCACAGUAAUUCUAUCCUCUUUGCUCCCUGGUGGAAAGAGAGGGAUGUCUUCUUCCCUCUCUCUCUCAAUGUCAGUUCUCAGACGAGUUUCCCACUCCCCUUCAAGAUUGUUUUAAGGGUCUAUUUUGGAGACCCCCCCCCCCCACCUGCCUCUGUUCCCUUGAGUGCCACUGAAUAGGCCAGUGUGUUAAACAAAUGGAUCAUCUUUAACUUUUUGAUUGAGUGAGCACAGACUAAAGACAACCUGAAACCUAAUCCUGAGGGAGCGUAACCGCUCCAAAAUGUUUGGCAGAUCUCUUGCCCGCGAGGAGCGAACAGAAACAAAGGUGACCCCACAGGGGUUAAGGUUGUGACAGAGCAAAAGAAGCCGCCGGUGUGCUUGUUUAGAAUGGAUCAUUUCAAAUGUUUAUUUGUUAUCCUGUGGAGAUCAUACAGUCAAUUAUAGAGUAUAUUUCAUGAACAAAUAGUCAUUUUCUGUUUAAAAUGGACUGUAUCAACUUAAUGAAUGUACUGUAAGUGGUUGAACAUAUUCAUCAAGUAAAUGUGUUUCUCCUUCACCUUCUAGCUCUUCUUGUUGUUGAGACAGAAACCUUUGGGAGCCAUAUUCGAAUAAAAGGGAAGGAGAGUGAGUAUUACAUCUGUAUGAACAAGAAUGGCAAAAUAGUUGGAAAGGUAAGCAUUUUCUUAGUUGUUACUCUCUUGCUAGAGAAUGGGGCAAAUCUAACUCAAUUAAAUAAAAUUAGGCUCUUAAUUUUUUGCCUAGUGCCAAUAACAGAUUCUUUGAGUGACUCCAGUGGAUGAAGACAUUACUAUAACUAACAUUAGAAAAAUGACUUUUACCUGAAAAGUUUGUUUAGAUGUGUGCCAAAGUUCCUCUUAAAGGGAAAUCUGCAGUUCCUACAUCCAUUUUUGGACUUAUAAAUUAAUUAUAUGUACCCAUUGAUUCUUGAAGAAUAUAACUUAUAAAUGCGUCAUGAGCUUAGUUCAACUGUUGAACCCCAUUAGGAACUAAAAUAUACGCUUGUUUUACUCCAAUGUUUGUAAACAAAGUAAAUGUAAACAGACACUGUAUAGCCUCAAAACACAGUUAAAACUAUAAUUUUGUUAUUAUGGAUGUUCAACCCUUGUAUCCAUAGCUCUGUCUAUGAAUUUAAGAGUGGUUACAUUUCUCCAUCCCCAUUCCUCAGCUUUUUACCGAAACCGUGGCAGGGAAACCCAUUGUUAUUGUUUCAACUGCGGAUUUCCCCUUUAAGGAUAUUUUAGCAAGACUAAGACAUCCAUUGCUGCGCAAAAAUAAAACAUAGAUAUGUAUUUAAAAAAUUGAGUUUAUUUCCAAAACGCUAUAUCCACAAAUAUUUCACAUUUGUGUUUUUUCAUCAGAAAUAAUAGCUUAUGGGUACCUUCAUCUGUGUGUAAAAUAUUACUAUUCUCAGAUUUUUUAUUAAUAGACUUUAGUUUUUUUUUUUUGCAAAACCCCUAUAUAUCCAUUGUUUAGCUGGAAUGGAAUGUUUGUGUCCUGUAUAUUUGACUGUGAUAUGUGGUUGUCUCACCUAGCUAUCUUAAGAUGAAUGCACUUACUGCAAGUUGUUCUGGAUAAGAGCAUCUUGUAAAUUACUAAAAUGUCAAAUGUAAAUGUUUUACAUAGAGAUCUCAUAUUACUGUAUUUAUUUAUUUAACAUUUCAAUGUUGAUGUCCCAAAUGUAACAUUUGUACAGUUCUUUAUUAGAAAUGUAGUUAUUCGUUACAUUUAACUUUGUUAAACCUAGCAGCACUAUUUAAUUCUCAGAGCCUGGCAGAUAUAUAGCAUUUAGAAGCAGAAAAAACAUGAUUAUUUGUCUCUCUGUAAUGAAUCCAUCAAGUGAUAGAUUUUAAACAAAUACAUGUCUGUCAUUGAACAUCCCCGUGCCAUGAUUAGGUAGUAAAAAUAUAUAUGUAUAUCUCUUUCAUCAUUUCUUUCAACAAUAAAAGCUAAUUAACCGACAUUUCUGAAAAUGGAUAUAUAGCGUUUUGGAAUGAAACUCUUCAUAUGUUCAAUUGCCGAACAUACAAGCCAGGAUGGAGAGUGCUUACUCAGUGCGCCCCUGACAAAAAUCUUUUGAUAACUCUCUGGCACCCUGUUACGUAACCUGUGCUUUCCUUUUGACACUCCACCAGUCAAUUAUAGACUGCAAUCAUCACAAUGGUUUAAUACAGUUAACAGGCUAAUGGCCUCAAAGGACCAUUGCCAUUGCAAUUAUACCUCUUGUUCACCAGGUGGUGCCAUGUAAAAUAGCAGGAUGUACACUCCCCUCCGUAUUCAUUUGGACAGUGAAGCUAACAUUUUUAAAUUUGGCUCUAUACUUCAGCAUUUCGGAUUCAAGAUCAAAUGUUUCAUAUAAGGCGACAGUACAUAAUGUCACCUUUUAUUUGAGGGUGUUUUUAUACAUAUCUAGUCCCCCCCAUUUGACUUUUCUUUUGUAAGUAUUUGGACAAAUUAACGUAUAGUGUAUUAAAGUACCGUAAUUUUCGGACUAUAAGCCGCGCCUUUUUUCCCAUUUUUCGACCCUGCGGCUUAUAUAACGGUGCGGCUAAUCUAUGGAUUUUUACAGCUAACGGCCACUAGAAGACCUCCUAAAUCUAUGGAUUUUACAGGUUACAGUCCACCAACUUUAACUCUAUGGGCUCUAUGACCGGUCCGCGCCCCCCACCUUUAAGCGGCGGGCUCCAGCAGGAAAAGCUGGAGGCCGGAAAAGAGUGAGAUAGGUAGCGCGCAAAGUAAAAGUGGAACCGAGAGUGGUACGAGAGACAGAACGAGACAGAACGAGAGCAAGACAGACAGACAUUACGAGAGCGAGACAGUUUGUCUCUUUCCCGACAAUCCCCUCUGUGCACGAACCCUUACAUAUGGUAAUUAAACAUGAAAACACCUGUGGCUUAUAGUCCAGUACGGCUUAUAUAUGUACACAUCAUUCAAUAUCAUUCAAUUUAGCUGCUGCGGCUUAUACUCCGGUGCGCCUUAUAGUGCGGAAAAUACGGUAGUCAACUUUUUAUUAUUUGGUCCCAUAUUCCUAGCACACAAUGACUACAUCAAGCUUGUGACCCUACAAACUUGUUGGAUACAUUUGCCGUUUUUGGAUGUAUUUUGGAUUAUGUUUUGGCUAAUAGGAACUGAAUCGUGAAAAAUGUAUUGUGUCAUUUUGUAGUCACUUUUAUUGUAAAGAAGAAUAUAAGAUGUUUCUGAACACUUCUACAUUAAUGUGGAUGCUACCAUGAUUAUGGAUAAUCCUUAAUUAAUCCUGAAUAAUGAUGUGUGAGAAAGUUAGAGGAACAAAGAUCAUACCCCCCAAAAAUGCUAACCUCUCACCAUUACCAAUAACAGGGGAGGUUAGCAUGUUUUGGGAGGUAUUAUGUUUGUUCCUUCACCAUCCAAAUACAGCUUAACUGUCCAAAUACAUAAGUAUGGGAGUGUAUAUCACAAAAAUGUAUAAUUCUUUUUAAAUACACAGAUAUCUUAAAACUGACAAAUGCAAGGUGUGAAAUGUCUAGUAAAGUUUCUGUGUCCUUACAAGAGCCAUCCCAGAAACACAAUUUAAAAAGGAAUGAAUAACAACUUUAUGCAACUGUAGUAGUUCCAUCACUUUCUGGCUUAUAUGAGAUACAUAAAUGUUUCUUUGGCAGUAGAUAAAAAAGGUUUCCUUGAUGGUCUGCCAUUAUGGAAGGCGGAAGUAAUUUAUUUCACAGUGUUGGAAACCAGGUGCUAAGUGUCUAAAACCAUGUUGUUUUCCUUGCAGCGCAAUGGUAGGAACCAGGAGUGCGUCUUCGUGGAAGAAUUCUUGGAGAACAACUACACAGCUCUCGUGUCGGCCAAGUACAAAGGGUGGUACCUAGGCUUCAACAGGAAGGGGAGGCCCAAAAAAGGAUCGCGGACCACACAAACUCAACAGGAAGUGCAUUUCAUGAAACGCCAUCCAAAGGGCAAGGUGGACCCACUGGAAGAGUUCCGUUUCACUACAGUAACUAAGCGGACACGAAGGGCGCGUCGCUUAAAACAGAACCCCAAAACUAACUGAUGGGCCGAUGGACAGCACACACAAAGUUUUCCAAGGACAUCUCAAGCUUCUUGCCUUAAAACCCCUUAAAGACUUCUGUCAAAAGAACGAGAACAAAAAAGAACAAACAUUCAAAGAUGUUUUAUUUUUAUAUUUCAGGAACAUUGAACAUCUCCCAAAUGUUGGAUGUUUCUGGGUUAUUAUAAUUAUUAUAAUGUGUCUUAUUUUAUUUAUACUGGAUAAACUAAGGAUGACAAAGGACCCUUAUCGCUCAUCUUCUGCUCCUUAGAAUUGCAAACUGAAGGCAUCUAUCUGACAAUGAGGGUGGAAGCAUGAGUUUAUAAGUGUUAUAAAAAGCAAGCGCUAGAUUUUAUUGGAAUACCGGUCAGUUUUGUUUGUGUUACCCCCGACAACAUGGAUCCCGUAUUUCCACUGGAAUCAGACGCCAUGGAGACGAAACAGAAAGAGGUGACAAUGGCAGGUGACACAGUCUACCUAGAUAACUGCGUAGCUUUGAGUGCAAUAUUUGACAGUGGCCAUUUUCUCUCCCCCAACUCUACCAGAAGGUAUCAACUCUCAUCGUGUUGAUACCUUCUGCCUGAAUCGUGGCCUACUCUGGAUGGAAUGCGCUGAACACGCUGUGUACAGUGUGAUUUCCUUGAAAAAAAUUUGUGCAACCUAUGAUUCAGCUGAACACAACAUGCUUUGACUAGCAAGGCAUCAGACAGGGUUGUAGUUUUGUUUAACCUGAGUUGAUGUGGCUCAGAAGUUAACUGAGACAGAAACACUGACACUAUUACAAUGGGAAAUGUAAUAUCACACCUUUUGCCUUACUUGUCGUACUGUGGUAGAAAGUUGAAAAAAGCCUAAUGAAUACUGGACAGCUUCUCAAACAUUGAUAUAGGUCAGAAUCAUUUUUGACACAGAGCAAGCUAUCUGUUGUUAUUACCAUCUGCAUCCACCAAUUUUGCCCUGCUUUUCAUAGGCCUACAACCAAAAGGUGGCUGGUAUUACUGGUUGUUCAUGGUGCACCCAAGCACCCAUGUUCAAAGAGACAUCCCAAAAACUGUUAAUCUUUAACAUUGUGUUCAGUCAAGCCAGUUAUAAUGUCAAGAGCACUGAACUGUUCAAAUGUGUACUAAGACAGGUAUAGAUUUAUCCUAACCAGCCACGAUCUCUGUAUUGUAAGACCUAACUCUCAAACCCUGAAAACCAUACAACCAGAAAUAUGCUUAGUUUGGAUUCGGGAAACAGACUAGAGCUGGCAAACAGAGGAGUUGUGAUCCCUACAGAACAUUGUAGAUCAUUACUAUUGAUGACAAAGUUCAGCCUCUAUUCCUGGGUAGAGCUGUAGUAGCCUAUAUAUUUGUCUACCACCUGACAGGUUUUGUAUGAGAUGCUACUAACAACAUGACACAUUUAUGUUUUUUGUUUUUUUAAAUGUAUGCAAAAAACAAUUUUAUGACUAUUAUAAGAUAUUUAUUGCCUUUCUUUGUAAAUACAAUGUGAUGAAUUUAUUUGGCCUCUGU